CUAUAUAUGACAAUUGGAAUAAACAAAUGCUAAAAACCUUACUUAUAUCAAAUAAGUGGAAAAUAGAAGUGCCGAAAAUCUAGACCAAAGUAUACAUAUUUGGCAGAAAUAGUUCUUUCAGCUAUUCAACUGUUAUGCUGUGUGAGGGCAGCAAGAUUUGUCUUGUUUCCUCCUGGAAUGUUCACGGGCUAUUUGGCAUUCCAUUCAGCUAUAAAUUAUGACCUUAUGUAUACACCAAGCGAAUGUAUUUAAAAGGAGGCUUAGGUGGGAACCCCACAUGCACAACCCAACCUAGAAGAGAGACCUCUUUGUAUGCCCGUUCAGUUAAAGAAACCCAGUUUGGUUUCUUCUCAUUUGUGAACAGGACUCCAAGGCUGUGAUUGUGUUUCACUAUGAAGGGGACCAUCAUCCUUGUAAUCUUUUUUAUUGCUUUUAUGGAAACCUUCGCACAAAACCCAAAGGCAAAGAAAAGAAGCAGUGGCAAAGAGAUUCAUUUUCAGACCAAAGCUAAACAUGCCUGCAUAAUGAGUAUGAUUGGAAAUGGUGAAACAAAGCUUAGAAUAGAAUGUAACAAUCAAGGCAAGACAUACUGGUGUGAAUAUACAGGAAAACCAUCCCUUUGUCCUUCUUUUAACAACAACCCAAUGGCUUACUGGAAUCAGAUUGCCAUGGAUCUAAGGAAACGGAACAAUGCCUGCUACUCUAAUCUGGUUCUGAAGCCUACAAUGUGUCAGAGGGUUUCUUCUGAAGCUCACAUGAGACAGAUGGGUUCCAGCAUAAGGACAAAGUUAACUCCUAUCCAACAAGCAGAUGCUGUUAACCGUGGAAAGAUGGUCCAGAAACUUCUUUCUGCAAAGCAUGUUAAAGAAAGCCAAGCAAGGAAGGGUAUCAUUCAGAAAUCGGGGAAACCAAAACCAUCUUCUAUGCCUGAGGUGAAACCUACUCAACAAGGUCAAGUACCUGGAAAUGAAUCUGAAGCCAUGAAGUUAGCACGGAAGCAUUGUUGGGAAUCCCUGCACAACUUCUGUUCCUACGUCAUCAGCAUUUUUAAAGGCUGAGGAAGAAAAGGGCAAAAGACGUGUGGUUGGAGAAUUCCCACAAGUGUACAUUUUCAUCUGGGUUUAUGUAUCCUCACUGCUUAAUAUUUUAAAACAAUAACCCAAAACAUUUUUAAUCCUUGAACCAGCAUAAAAAAGUGACACCAGUCAGUCAUAUGUUGUAGAAUUACAUGCCAGUCUAACCACAGUGUACUUACAUAUUGUUUACUAAAAACACAGAGAGCUGUUGCUCCAGUUUUAACAUUGAAUUAAACCUUAUGAAAUAUG